AUGAAGCAUUCAUUUUUGUCGCAGAGCUUCAGAUACUCUCACCGCUCUCGAUAUACAGCACGUCUCCGACCAGUAUUCAGACGCACAAACCAACUCGCAUCACAGGCAACUCUUUCAAGACAGCGCGCCUAUUCAACCAGCCAUGAUGGCUCCAAUCCCUCUCCGCAGCCAAUCUGGAGACGACGAUCGUCCAUCUGGGCUUUGGCUCUCCUCGUGUACGUCGUUUCUGAGUUUGGGCAGGGCUAUUACAUUGGCUACUGGAAGGAGAGGAACUGGCAGACGCAAAACAACUACUCGUGGAUGCCAUGGAACGACACCGCAGAAGCAGCAGGCAAAGACUCCGAGCCUGUCGAAAAAGAUGGUUACACGCCACUCGUUCGACCGUUGGAGAUUCGAGUGCUGAUUCUGCAUCCUGGCAAGAAAGGCUCUCCGAUCGAAUGCACGCUUGAACAUCGUCGCCUCGGAUCCAGCAAGGCCCGGUUUGACGCCCUCUCAUACGUCUGGGGGAGCCCAGCCGUCACGGGGGAAAUCACCUGCAACAACAGACGCAGAAACGUCGGCAGGAAUCUCUACGAUGCACUGGAGCGACUUCGGCUUCCAGACGAGGAAAGGGUCUUGUGGAUUGACGCCCUCUGCAUCAACCAGGCAGACAACCAGGAGAAGACGCAGCAGGUUCGCCUCAUGGGCGAGAUCUAUUCGAAAGCACAUAGGGUGCUCAUCUGGCUGGGAAAUCACGAGGCCGUAGAAGCUGGAGUUGGCAAGUUGGCUUCACGACCACCUGACGGAAAACAUGUCGACUGGAAGCCGCUCAAGCCCGUCUUUACCAAUGUGCUGUUCUAUCAAGCCCAGGCUUUCCUCAUAUGGCUCGGAUUCGAUAGCGCAGUCAACAUGGGAGUCGCAAAUCUCGAAGAACCGCAGUCCCCAAGGCAGUUUGACUGGUCCGCACUCGUACCCGUCAUCCAAAGCCCCUGGUUCAACAGGGUCUGGUGCAUUCAAGAGCUGGUCUUGGCAUCGAAUCCCCUCAUAGUCACGCGUGAUUCCAUGAUUUCCUGGGAUCAAUUUGCCAGAGCCGUGUUGGAGCUUAGAACGCAAUUCGACACCUACCGAAUGAAGACGCAGCAUCGAGACAACCAAUCGAUGGAAAACUUUUAUUUUCUCCACGACAUGCGACAAAAGCGCAAAAAGAAGAGGAGUCAACGGCACAACUUGCUGGAGCUGCUCUUCCUCACUCGAGGCUUCCAGGCUACAGAUCCUCGAGACAAGCUGUUUGCGCUCGUGGGCCUGGCCGGAGACGUUUUAUCGUCCGACUGGGAGGUGACGCCGAAUUACGACUUGUCCGUUGCCGAGGUCUACCAUCGCUUCGCUCUCUGGCAUCUGAUUCGCAAAAGACAGUUUGAAAUCUUCUCCUUUGGUCGCGGCCAAGGUCUUCCUCUCUCCCUAGAGCUGGAGCCACUGCCUUCUUGGGUCCCCGACCUGACGAGGCCGGAUUUUGCCGCACCGCUUCCGAAGCUGGACUAUCUCUCCGUCAACUACAUCGAUCUUAGGUACGACGUGCUCAAAGAGUUUGCCCUGCGUAAAAAGUAUUUCGGAGAAGCCACCAAGGUCUACCAUGCGGAUCUGAAAUACCCCUGGUGGGCCCUCGGACGCCAAUCCGACUUUCGCCCAGCCCGCAUUGCCUUCUCUCAGGGGACGGCAGUGAUACACGUCGUAGGUACCAAAAUCGGGGCAUUAAAGGCCUUGGGCACGCCGUUUGAUCACAAGAUUGCGAAUACAGAAUUCAUGGGCGAGGAUGCGGGCUUUGCUGCCAACAUCUUGCACACGUGGGCUUGGCUCAACCAGACGUGGGCCGUCGCCGGACAGAACGUGCUCGGUGACAAGUAUGCACGGCUGCCCAAGGACAAAAUCGACGCAGUGUGGCGUACAAUGACAUGUUGUAUGACGGCGAACGGGAAAAAUGCCCAGUUUACCAUCUAUUCGCGUGCUGCCCAGGCCUUGUAUGAGAAUUUUCUCGAAAACACACGACGCCUCGGACUGAGGCAAGGCGGUCAAGUCGACAAGAACGCGCAGGUUACUGUCAAUGAUGCCGUGCCUCUCACUGAAGAUUUGUUGUCCAAGCUUCUCCUCAUGCACACCAGCGCGGUGAAAUGGUGUCCAGGGCGCCGGUUUGCAGUUACAGAUGCUGGUGACUUUGCUGCCGUGCCCAAGGCGGCGCAGAAGGGGGAUGUUGUCUGCAUCUUCAACGGAGGGAGGGUGCCUUAUGUUUUGAGGCCUGCUGCAAACGGAAACUACACGCUAGUUGGCGAGUGCUAUGUGGAUGGGAUGAUGAGGGGAGAGGUGAGGGAUCGAUUUCCACGACGGUCACACGAGACCAGCUUCUCGAUACAAUAG